AUGGGACAGACACAGAAGGCAGCACCGCAGAUUGUGCAACAGCUGAAGCCUGUGCAGGCUGAAAUCGGGCGCCAGGCACAGUUUUACGUAGCAUUCAGUGGUGACGAGCCACUUACCGUUACGUGGUUCCGAAGUGGCAAAGAAAUCAAGCCAAGUUUCGAGUUCCAGAUCAACACAACACCAACCAAUUCAACGUUGACUAUUGCCAAAUCGAGACCGGAAUUCUCUGGCGAAUACAUGUGUUGUGUAGCGAAUGUUGCUGGUAGCCAGGAAUCACUGGCCAAUCUGUCAGUGGUUCAGCCAUCCGAAACGGGAAAAGCGCCCGAAUUCACACAACGAAUGAACGAUGCUCGAGUACAGCAGAACAGCGCAUCGCUGUUCAAAUGUGUUGUAAGCGGCACACCAGAACCUACAACUAGUUGGUUCAAGGAUGGCAAGCCAUUGCCAAAUGAUGCGCGAUAUCAAAUUAUUGAUGAGGGCACUCAGCAUACGUUAAAUAUUGCUGACACACUUCCUCAAGAUGCUGGUAUCUACGAAUGUGUUGCCAAAAACAGUUUCGGUGAAGCGAGGUGUAAAGCACGUCUUAAUAUUGUUCUUGCGAAAACCGGCAAGGGUGCAGAAGCUGGACCGAGAUUGGAGGCUCCCCGAUUCCAGUCUCAGAUACAACCUGUUGUUGUUGCAGAAGGUGCACCAGCAGAAUUUCGAGCGAAAUAUACUGGCUCUCCCGAGCCCAUGAUUCGAUGGUAUCGUAACAAUGAGCCGAUUAAGAAGACGAAAUAUUUUGAAAUGAGCCAAGGACGAGGUGAAGCAUUACUCCGCAUCACGCAAUGUUACCAGGAUGAUGUGGCCGAGUACAAAUGCGAAGCAACAAAUCCAGCUGGCAAAGCUACAAGUGUUGCCAAUUUGCUUUUGCAACCAAAGGGCGGAGUGGUUACGCGAACAACGGCAGUCGCUUCUUCAUCUGCUGCUGGUGAAGUUCCUUCUGACGCCGCAACUACUGGCAGUGCUCAAACCAAGAAAAUGACUCCAUCGUCUGGUGCACCGCAGUUUGUGUCAAAGCUUUCAGACAUAAGCGCUCGACCAGGGCACACGGUGAAGUUUGUCGCGGAGAUUUCCGGCAAUCCGCAGCCAACUGUUGCAUGGCAGUUCAACGGGAAGCCUAUUUACGAUAGCCGCGACCACAAGAUUUCGUUAGUUGGCAAUAAGGCAGUGCUGGAGCUGCAACGAAUUUCUGAGGCACAAGCCGGCGAUUAUGUGUUAACGAUACGUAACCCACUAGGUGCUGCUCAGAGCCAAGCAAAACUGAAGAUCCAGCUCCGAUAA